GUUACCCCCACAGUCCGCAAUUGAUAUCGAUUUGUGAAUACAGUAGCGCUAUAAAAGUCCUGAUGCAAUGGAAAGAAGCCGAUGAGGCUGUUUUCUCUAGUUUUGGCCUUAGGCAUAGCCGUGACUGUUCUGGCUACCGCCUGGGACAACAAACAAUGGUGCGCGCAGCCUUGCCGUUAUUAUAGGACUCAACCAGAUUGGAACAAUUACAUAAACAUCGAGAAAAUUGCUAGAGAAGAUUGCUAUCCUAUCGCGCAGGCCAAGCUCGUGAAGGGUAUUGAAGACUUUUGCCAUUAUGUUUACUGGCUACGACGUAACAAUAUGGAUUUGCGGGCCAUGCAGAGUUACAGAUGCAUACCUUGGGUGAACAAGGAUGCGAAAUAA